AUGAAGAGCGCACUCCUCCUGGUAGCGCCACUACUUCCGACUGUCCGGGCGGCGGCGGCGGUGGUGACCGCGUUGGUUACAGAGACCAUCACGGUAACGACGACGGCGACGGUGACGGCGACGAUGGCGCCGUCGGAGCUGGCGGCGCUCCUGGCGGCCGCCGCCGAGGUGGCCAAGGCCAAGUCGGGGGGUGGCGCCCUCGACACGGCGUCCAAGUUGGCCGCCCUCGUCUGCGCGGUGGGGGUGGUGGGGGCCUGGCUCUUCCCGGGCUGGCCCCACCCGGGUUGGCUCCGCCGGCUGCUGGCCCGGCAGCAGCAGCAGCAUCAGCCGCCGCCGCCAGCAGCAGCAGAAGUAGCACCAGCAGCAGAAGCAGCAGCACCAGCAGCACCAGCACCAGCAGAAGCAGCACCAGCACCAGCACCAGCAGAAGCACCAGCACCAGCACUAGCAGCGGCCGCGCCCGCGCCCGCGCCCGCGGAGGGCCGGCUGCGCCGCUGGGUUCGGGCCGGCGCUCGGUCGGUUGCGGCCGGCGCCGCCUGGGUGGCGGAGGAGUAG